AUGAAUGAAAUACCUGUACCGACCAAGAGGUUUUAUAUCAAAAUAGAGUCAGACAAACCAAAUCUACAAGAUGAAAUGUCAUUAUUUGAAGUUAACACUAGAACAACUUUAAAACAAUUUAAACAAUUAAUAAUCAUACGGUUAGAUCAAGGACAAGUAACAAGAACAUUUUUUGAUCAAAUUAAAUUUAUAUAUGAUGGAGAAGAGAUACCGAAUGAUUUUUUGACAAAUUCGCAUACUGUUAUAUCUGUUUUAGGAGUUGAUGAUGCUAGUAUUACACCAACAACGAGUGUAUUCAACUUGAAAUUAGAAGUAUCUAAUGAUGUAAAUGGUUCAAAUGGUAUAUUGAGUCGUGACUUUUUGAGAGAUUUAAUAGCUGAUAAUAGAUUUGAAUUUUCACCAAAAACAAACUACGAUAGUGAAUUAGGCGAAGAAAUAAAUAAUGAAAAUCCAAUAGAAAAUUUGAAAAUUAUAGAUAAUCAUAAAGAAGAAUGGCAAUUAACUGGAGAAUCAUAUGAGAAAAUAAUCAACCCAUUAACUAGGGAAACCAAGCUAAUCAAACAAUCAGAAUUAUCAGAUAUAACUUACGAAAUAUAUGAUGAAGGUAAAAAAAUUACUUUGAACACUUCCCAAUGUUUAAUAAUUGAUAAUCCAAAACAUCAACCCUACAUGUUAUUAAAUCCUUCUGGUAUAGCAAAAUUAAGUUCAUUGUUUAAUCUGCAAAAAGUCCAAAUAUUAAUGUUUGAAGAUACCCCAUCAGAAACUACAAACUCACAACAACAACAACAACAACAACAACAAGAAGAAGAACCACUUAAUGAUGAUAUACUAGAUAGACUUGUCAUUACUGGAAGAAGUCUAUUUUUUUUUGUUUUUAAAAUAGCUGUUGCAUUAUACUUUCUCGGAAUCAAACCUAACAAGCAUUUAAAAGAUAAUUGGAUAAAAUAUUUAAUACUAUUCAUUGUUUUGUUCAAUAUGUAUGUGAUGUUUUGUACUGGUAAUAAUAGAAUUCAAAAUUUACUAAAUCCAGAAGUUGCUUUAAAUCGAUAUCAGCCAACUACAAGAAGUAUAGUGAACACAUUUCGUCGAAUAUACGGAUUAACAUCAAAUGCAGGAUCACUAAAUCUAGUUUUACAAAAUGAAAUAGCUUCAAUUCUAACUAGAAGGACUUAUGAUUUUGAGUACAUUUUAAGCUCAGAGCCAAAUUGGUGGAUAGUAAUAAAUUCAAAUUUUGAGAAUAUUUGGAAAGAUUCAAUGAUAUAUGUACUCACUAUACUACCAUCAUUUCAGUUCAGAAUAUAUGAUGAAUUACAUAAACAUAAAAUUAGAGAACUAGAACUUUUGGAAACCAAAAUAUCACAAUUUUAUGAUUUAAUGGUUGUUGUGAGUGAAGAAUAUAAUAAAGAUCAUGAUCCGCUGUUCAAUAUACCCGAUCAAUUACAUUUUGAGGAGUUUAAAACCAAGAUUGAAAAUAUGAAUGAAACUGAAUUUCCAGAUUUAUCAACUUCUGAAAGAAAUGAAAUUAAAUAUGAGUAUUGGGUUUCCUAUUUCAAAUGCUUGAAGAACUCAUUCAAUGUAUUGAACAAAGUAUUUGUGAACAAGAAUUUUUUAAAUGAUGAACAAGUCGAAUACAUUGAUGAAAAUUUUAAUAGAUUUAUUAAUAGUCGAAUGCAAUAG